ACUGGUCAUCAGAAGCUCAGAACCACCACGACUCGGGGACGAACGUGGUCCGGUGCUCUUCGUCUCCACGUUUCUUGCACAUUGGAGCCAAAGAUGGCAAGGUCCGCCAUGUCCGGGCUAGUGCUCCUGCUGCUCUGUGCAACCUGCAGGUUGGCGCUAGGAAUCACCGAUGGGCUGCUGGCCAACGGCAACUUCGAGCGCGGGCCGCAGCCGUCGCAGCUGCGCGGGACGCAGGUGGUGGGCGCGUCGUCGAUCCCGUCGUGGCGGACGUCGGGGUUCGUGGAGUACAUCCCGUCGGGGCGGAAGCAGGGGGACAUGGUGCUGGUCGUCCCCGAGGGCGCCUACGCCGUGCGCCUGGGCAACGAGGCGUCCAUCGCGCAGCGCCUCCGCGGGGCCGUCCCCGGCGCGCGCUACAGCCUCACCUUCAGCGCGGCGAGGACGUGCGCGCAGGCGGAGCGCCUCAACGUGUCCGCGUCCGGCCAGUCCGGCGUGCUGGUCAUGCAGACCAUGUACAGCAGCAACGGCUGGGACUCCUACUCCUGGGCCUGGGACGCCACCGCCGACGAGGUCGAGGUCGUCGUCCACAACCCCGGCGUCACCGAGGACCCCGCCUGCGGCCCCCUCAUCGACUCUGUCGCCAUCAAGACCCUCACCCCGCCCCGCCGCACCAACAAGAACCUGGUGAAGAAUGGUGAUUUCGAGGAGGGGCCGUACAUCAUCCCCGGGACCAAGUGGGGGGUGCUGAUCCCGUCGCGGAUGGUGGACGAGCACUCGCCGCUGCCGGGCUGGAUGGUGGAGUCGCUCAAGGCCGUCAAGUACAUCGACAGCGACCACUUCGCGGUGCCGCGGGGGCGCCGGGCCGUGGAGCUGCUGGCGGGGAGGGAGAGCGCGAUCGCACAGGUGAUCCGCACCGUGCCGGGGAAGCAGUACGCGCUGUCCUUCAGCGUGGGCGACGCCAGCAACACGUGCCGCGGGUCGCUCAUGGUGGAGGCCUACGCCGGCAGGGAGUCCACCAAGGUGCCGUACGAGUCGGCGGGGCAGGGCGGCGCCGCCAAGCGGGCCGUGCUCCCGUUCCGCGCCACGUCGUCUCGCACGCGCGUCGUCUUCUUCAGCUCCUUCUACAACACCAGGACCGACGACAUGAGCUCGCUCUGCGGGCCGGUGAUCGACGACGUCGCCGUCGUCAGCGUGCGCGCCCGGCCGCCAAAGCGCCCCUAGAACGAUAAGCUGGCUGGCCCUAGUGCGUUGUUGUUGCAUCCGUGUUAAUUAGACUGCUUAGGCGCUCAAAUUGCUUAUUGGGCUUGAAUGUGCACUAAGGAAUUCGUCGGAGAGGUGCCACACUCGGUAUGUCACUAGCUGUUGGAAGACUAGCUGUUGAAAGACGUUAACUGUACCUCUGCCUUCUCUUGACUAAGAGCAUCUUCAUUUUGCA